CUAAAUAUUUACCUAGAUCCGUAGUAGGCUUAAUACCAGAGAGAUUCUGAAGGCUGCUUCUAGUACCUCCAUCAAUAUUGGGCGAAAAAUAAACCCUUGAUUUGUCCUUAUUAAUUUCCAGACCCGAUUUUGAUGAGAACGUCUCCAUAAUCUGCAUCAUAACUUCAAUUUGAUCCCUAGAAGCAGUACCAAAAAGCAUCAAGUCGUCUGCGAAGAAAAGGAAAAGCGCCCACCCUAAAAAUCACAAUUACGAAGUACAAAUUCCAUCGGUUUCAACCGCAGACCACGUCCUCCGUUUCCGGCUAUAUCUAUACAGUUUUUUGUCAAUCAAUGGCCCGUAUUUGUCGAAGAAAAACCACAUCAGGUGAUAGAGAGGACUACAUAAGUCAACUACCAGCAGAGCUGAAGGAAUCAAUUCUCGAAUUGCUGAGCAUGCGUGAAGCUGCAAGAAUGGCUCUGCUUUCAACUCACUGGAAGGAUGUUUGGUUUGCUCACGGCCGGCUGGACUUCGAUUUGGCCUUCUUCUCUUAUUUUAUACAAUUCGACGAUGAAGAGGGUGAGCCCGUGGAUUGCGUUGGAGUAAUGAACCGAUAUGUCAUGUUCCGGACGGGACCUGUUAAGAAAUUUACACUGGCUCAUUCAGAGUAUGAGGAGUAUUAUAUCUCUGGAAGAAUUCCUAUGCCACUACCACCUGAUAUAGAUCGUUGGUGUCUUUUUCUGUCGAGAAAUGGCAUUGAGGAACUUCACCUUUCUAUUCAUAAUUUUAAAGAAACAUAUAUUCUUCAAGAGUGUAUAAUCACUUGCCCUACAAUUAAGCAAGUUCUUAUUGGUGGAUUCAGUUUUCGCUUCCCUGUUAAUUCCCAUUGUGUGUUUCCUGCCGUCACUUCAUUGGUUUUUGAGUAUGUUAUAUUCGAGCCUGAUCCCUCUGGAACAGUCUAUAGUCUUCCUAAUCUGGAGAAGCUCUCUUUUGACAAUUGUCCUGGGAUUGAUAAUUUUGUGAUUAGCGCACCAAAACUAAAGAGCUUAACUAUUGACCGUAGUUUUAAAAGUGUGGCUGAUUCAAGAUGGUUUGUGCUCCAUUUUGCUGUAAUCAAUACUCUUUACUUGGAUGCAGAUAUGUUGCAGCAUACAUCUGAUGCCGUAGCUGUACGGUCGUUCCCAAGUGCAACAAAUCUGCAAGUGGUUGUGAUUCAUAGUGUCUAUUUUAGUUGUGCAAACCACUUCAACUUUGUUAUCAAAUUGAUUCAAAAAUGUCCGAAGUUAUGCGAACUUAGAAUUGAGACACCGCUUCAUGUCCUUCAAAGAGAUGAUGAACAAGAUGUUACCAGAAUUUUGGAGUAUCCUUACAGCUGUGUUACUAAAAACCAACUGAAAAUGCUUAGAACGGUGAAGAUGCAAUUUUUUCAUGGAUAUAGACUGGAAGCGCUAUUUGUUAAAACAAUCCUUUUAAACUCACCUGGCCUUGAGGAACUUGUUAUUACGAAAGCAGGCCACGUCAAGGUUUUGGAAAUCCUAGAGGAAAUUAUGAGCUUCUCUCGUUUAUCCCCAAAAGCCCAAGUUGUCUUCAGAGGAAAAGUAUAAGUCCACAAGUCAGCCAGCUGCAUAGGUUCUUCCAUGCAUGUGUUGCAUAUUCUCCCAUGGGUUCUGUUUUGUGUAAUCAACUUGAAAAAGUAUUUAGUGGUUGGUAACAAUCAACUUUACUAAACCUUUUAGAGUACUAUUUGCCAUUUUGAUGUCUAAAGUGCACUACAUUUUGCUCUUAAAACGCUUAAUUCUUUGGUCAUGUAAUAAAUUGGGAUUCAAUCUUUGGAUUUCACAUAAGAGAGAAUUCUCUAAAUAAGACUAAAACAAUAUAAAGG